GACGAAGAAGAAACAGCAGAAGAAGGAGCAGGAAGCGGAACAAGAAAUCAGCUGUCAAAAAAGUAGCGUAAAUGUAAUCGCCGAACCAGAAGAUGAACAGAGCUUGUGCAAGGCAACACUGACUGGUGAUCAGCCCGUAAGCUCUGAACUCAUCGUCUGCCAAGAUGCCUGCAGUAUCCACAGGGGCCAAAGAGUUGUAUUUAUCCACAUCCCUCGGUGAGCUCAACAAAAAAGCUGAGAUCAAACCUGACAAGACGAGCACCAGAAGCUAUGUUCAGAGUGCCUGCAAACUCUUCAAGGCGGCAGAGGAGUGUCGUCUGGACAGGGAUGAGGAGAAAGCUUACGUGCUGUACAUGAAGUAUUUAACGGUUUAUGACAUCAUAAAGAAAAGGCCAGACUUCAAGCAGCAGCCGGAUUAUUACAUGACUAUGCUUGGAGCAAAUAGCUUUAAGAAAGCCAUCGAAGAAGCCGAGAAGCUGUCUGAAAGCCUUAAACUCAGGUACGAGGAAGUUGAGGUGCGGAAACAACUUGAGGAAAAGGAGCGGUUAGAGGAGAAGAAGAAAAGGGAGGAAGUGAGAGAGAAAGACGGUCGAAACUCUCCAAAAGCCUCAACGAUAAACAAGAAGGACAGCAAGAAGGUGAAAGGAGAGCAGAAUGAGCUGAAGAGUGUCAUCACUAAAGCUGCGCAGCCAGCAGGUGGCGUCACGGCUGAGAAACUUUUCAACAUGAUGAAGGACCAGAGCAUCUCACUACUUGUCAUGGACGCCCGCAGCCUCAGAGACUUCGAGGAGUCUCACAUUCAGGUCCCAACGCAGACCUGCGUCAGUGUGCCAGAGGAGGCCAUCAGCCCAGGGAUCACUGUGAAUCAGAUCGAGGCGAAGUUGCCCGACGCGUCCAAAGAUCUGUGGAAAAGGCGAGGACUUGUGGAUUAUGUGGUUCUGCUGGACUGGUUUAGUUCUGCCUCGGACCUUAAAUUAGGCACCACCUUGCAGAGUCUGAAGGAUGCCAUCUUUAAGUGGGACAGCCUGACCAUUAUGCGGAGCGAACCACUGGUACUGGAGGGCGGCUACGAGAACUGGCUGCUGUUUUACCCGAUGUAUACGACCAACGCUAAAGUCCGACCCCCGAGGCAAACCAUCAUCAACAGCCUCCCUCAGCUGAACUUCAGCUACCCGUCUUUGGAGGAACCGAAGCCUCCGACUCCAGCUCAGCCUGAGCCCGAGGUUUCAUCUGAGCCUCAAGAGCCACCAGCUCCUGCUCUGGUGAACGGCGUCUCACCCGCUGAGCCGCCGGCGUCCAAGACCUCCGCGGUAGCCGACAGGUUGCCGGAUGCCGUCGACACCCCCAUCACAGGCUCCGCGACUCCCGGGUUAGACCUGAAUAAGAAGGAUCCCGCUGCCAGCCAGUCGCCUGCAACAGCCAGAACGUUCCCCCAGUUCGACCGAGCCAAGAAACCGUCGGUGCCGGCGUCCGACCAGACCAAGAGCGGCCAGAACGGCCCCUUCAUCCCCGACCGCUCCGCCAAGCCUCCCCUCAGCGCCGGCAACUCUCUGUCCAAAGACGAACAGCAGCAGAUCCACUCCGAGGUGGUGGCCGCCAGGGAGAAGGCGCGGCAGGAGCAGGACCGGCGCAACCAGGAGCGCCGCUCGGAGGAGGAGAGGCGGGAGAAGGAGCAGAAGGAGAGGGAGGAGAGCGAGAGGAGGAGGAAGGAGGAGGAGGAGGAGGAGAAAAGGCACCAGGAGAAGAAGAGGCUGGAGAGGCAGAAGGCGGCGGAGGAGGAGGAGGACAAGGAGAACAAAGCGUGGGAUGACGGCGAGAGGAGGGGGAAAGAACAAAACCCCGACACGCCUUCAAAGAGCAUGUCCCUGGAUUCCCCGGCUCCCAACCACAUCGUCAGCGAAAUCAAGAGGGAGCCGCUGACCAGAGCAAGGAGUGAGGAGAUGGGCAGGAGUGUGCCAGGCCUCCCCGACGGUUGGAUGAAGUUCCUGGACAUAGUGACGGGCACCUACCGAUACUACCACUCCCCUACAAACCGCGUCCACCUUUACCCCCCCGAGGUCACCGUCCCUCAGACCCCACCCUCCACCCCGCCCACCGCCAAGCCCAGGUCACACAGGCCCGCCGAGCCCGACACCAGCCAGGAGCGAGAGCGAGAGCAGUCCAAGCUGAAGCGCUCCUACUCCUCACCGGACAUCAGCCAGGAACUGAGGGAGGAGACCCAGAAGAAGGCCGCUGCUCCUGCCGCCGCCGCUGCUGCUGCUGUCACACCCACCGUCAACAGAGACACCAAACCUCCCAGCGUAAAGGUUUAUUCUAAAGUGGAGAGUGCGCGGCCGUCUGCAGCUAAGAUUCGCAACCUGAACCCGUCGUUCGGAGGUCUGGGCGCGUCGCUGACCGGUCUGCGUAACCUGGGGAACACCUGCUACAUGAACUCCAUCCUGCAGUGCCUGUGCAACACGCCGGGCAUGGCCGAUUACUUUAACAACAACGGCUACCUUAGCGACAUCAACAGGUCCAACAUCCUCGGCCAUAAAGGCGAGGUCGCAGAGGAGUUCGGGGUGAUCAUGAAAGCCCUGUGGGCGGGCCUGUACAAGUGCAUCAGCCCGCGGGACUUCAAGAACACCAUAGGGAAGAUCAACGAUCAGUUUGCGGGCUACGACCAGCAGGACUCCCAGGAGCUGCUGCUCUUCCUGAUGGACGGGCUCCACGAAGACCUCAACAAGGCCGACAACAGGAAGCGGUACAAGGAGGAGGAGAACGACCAUCUGGACGACCAGACCGCGGCUAACGUGGCCUGGAGCAAGCACAAGCUGCUGAACGAGUCCAUCAUCGUAGCGCUGUUCCAGGGCCAGUUCAAGUCCACGGUGCAGUGUCUGACGUGCCACCGCAAGUCGCGCACGUUUGAGACCUUCAUGUACCUGUCGCUGCCUCUGGCCUCCACCAGCAAGUGCUCCCUGCAGGACUGUCUGAGGUUGUUCUCCAAAGAAGAAAAGCUCACCGACAACAACAAGGUGUUCUGCAGACACUGCAAAGCCCACAGAGAUUCCACCAAGAAGCUGGAGAUCUGGAAGGUUCCUCCCAUCGUCCUGGUGCACCUAAAACGGUUCUCCUAUGAAGGCAGAUGGAAGCAAAAGCUACAGACGUCUGUAGAUUUUCCGCUCGACAGCCUGGACCUGGCUCAGUAUGUCAUCGGACCCAAGCAGAACCUGAGGCGAUACAACCUUUACGGAGUCUCUAAUCACUACGGGGGCCUAGACGGCGGCCACUACACGGCCUACUGUAAGAACUCCCCCAAGCAGCGCUGGUACAAGUUCGACGACCACGAAGUGACCGAAAUCUCCUCGUCUUCGGUCAAGUCGUCCGCAGCCUACAUCCUGUUUUACUCCACCCUGUGACGGCUGGCGUGAGACACGAGCGGUAGAAAUCACCACCACAGCAGCGUCGCUUAAGGCUAGAGCUUCUUUUCAGUACAAAAUCUCAGCUGUGGGAAGAGCCCGGCGCUCAUAGGGUGUGGGUAGUGGGCCGUGUUGCGUGGACAAGGAGGGCUCGACGCCGCCAGCGACUUUGGGAUGCCGACGAGCGAAUGGUGGAGGCACACCGCAACGCUUCAGCAACUAGAGGACCCUUUAGCUGUUAAAAUGAUGCUGCCUGUACACAUUACUGAUCGCCCACAGACUAAAUAUUAACCUGCCUUCUUUUGUCAUAGUUGUGUUUUUUAGCGCCGACAGCCGACUCGAUCGGUUUGCGCCGGCAGCGGGCGGCGUUCGCGGGAUCAACAGUUAGAUGGCAUGUACGUUCUUAGCAGUGCUGAGGAUCACUAAAAAAAAUGUUUCAGUGUAAAUAAUUCAAGGCAAAAAGGUUUUUGUCUCUUGACCAAAUUAUAAUUUUUUUUGCUUAAUAGUAGCAGCCAGCAAAACAUGACCAUAGAAACGAGGACAGACCAUGUGCUUUUGGGCUCUAACUGUGUAUCCUGUUGUUUAAAGGCAAUGGGAGAGACUGAUUUUUUUUUUUUUUUUGUUUGUUUGUUUUGGAGGGAACUCUAGCUGUUGCUUGUUCAUAUUAACCACAUUCUUGCACAUUAAAUAUGCAACCGCUUUAAGUUGUUAAUGUAGAGCUUUAAAGCGACACUGAUGCUGGGAUCUCGUCUGUCUUCUCACUCCAGCCAAUGACACUCAACCUGUUUCUGGAAGGUUAGGUUGACCUUCAGACUUAUCAUAUUCAAACACUAUGAAGAGGGAGACUUACUGGGAUAGCUAUUUUGAUUUUAUUCACUUAUUUUAUAUUUUGUUGUGUUUUUUUUUUUGUUGUUUUUUUUCUUCUACUGAGCCUGACAACAUGAAGACUUGGGUGCAUCAGUUUUGUGACUGACUGACUGACCAAAUGAUUUACGGGAGAAAUGGCAAACGGGACUGUUGUUGCUUCUGAACGGAGCGGAGAUCUGUAGUCAAAGCGUUUAGCUACUUCUGAGUGAACUUUUUUUGUUUUUUGGCCUAGCAUGAAAUUAUCUUUUUUUUUUUCAUUCAUUCUUUAAUUCUUAAUGCUCUAAAUACAAAUUGCUUAACAAUGAUUAUAUUAACCUCGAGCCAACUUGUAUGACUAUUUAUUAAAACGGCUUCAAAUAAA